UAUACAUACAAUAUAUAUACUAAAACUGGUUUUCGGUUUUUUUUUCGUUUUAUUUCCAUUAUUUAUUUGUUUUAUUAUUAUUUUUUUAAAUUUCGUUUAGUCGUCUCUAACUAGUAACUACACCAUUCUCUUGCCCAUAAAACACUCACGUCUACCGCAUACUCUUCUCUUCCUUUAUUUUUUGUUGAUUUUUCCUUCAUAAUUAUUAUAUCAAUUUUCCUUCGAACUCAGUCCACUACAGUUGAAAUCCACAAUCCAUUUGUGGACGACACAAUACAAUGAUGUGCUACCCGCUACCAACUACCCGCAUCCGUCGAAGAUUGAAAUAAUAACGAAAAUCAUUAUAUGAUGAUGGCUAGCAAAGAUGAAAUAGAUGACUGUGACAUCAUCAAACAGGGUCUGAUGGUGAAGCGAUCGCAGAACAAAAAACGAUUCAUGCCUAUUAACUACAAACAGAGAUGGUUUGUAUUGACAACCAAGAACUUCAUUUACUAUGAAUCUGAAUCGGAAGAAAUUAUUGAAAGAAGCUCACUGCCGUGUCUCCAUAACAUACAUCAACUGCUUAACAGGCGUAAAAAAGAACGAGGUCGUAUAAAACUGUCUUCGGUAACUGUAAUUGAAACAGCUACCAUUAAUUCUUCACCAAAUAUUUUAUCUCAAGAUACUACUAACAAUGAUGGUGAAAAUGGAUAUGCAUUUCAAAUAUCAUAUAGUGAUGGAAAUGAUCAACAAUAUACAUUAUAUUUAAUCACUCAAAAACUUCAAGAUCGAUCUGAUUGGAUAAGAUCUUUAAGAGCUGUAUGUGCUGACACUUUGGUGAAGAGUGAAAAAUAUCAUGCAUCAAUUUGGGGUGGUAAAAAAUGGCAAUGUUGUCGAGCUCCAACACGAAUUGCUGAAGGCUGUGAACCAUGUUCUGAAUGGAACAAAACACCACCAAAUUCGCCUAUCAUAAAAAACAGUGAAAAUAAUAGUCCAAUAUUAGCAUUAACAGGAAGUCCAAUAAUGCCAGGUGGAACCCCAGCUGCUAAGUUAAAAGACCAAGUUCCAAGGAUUAAGGUAGUCACUGCACUAUAUCCUUUUAAAGCAAUUGAACCUGGAGAUUUGACUUUAGUUAAAGGAUGUGAAUAUGACGUCAUUGAUGAUUCUCAAGAUCAUUGGUGGAAAGUAAGAGAUGAGCAUGGUGCUAUUGGUUACAUUCCUAGUAAUUAUGUUAAAGAAAAAGAAUUUCUCGGUCUUCAAAAAUAUGAGUGGUAUGUUGGAGAUAUGUCAAGACAGAGAGCUGAGUCUCUUCUUAAACAAGAAGAUAAAGAAGGAUGUUUUGUUGUUAGAAAUUCAUCAACCAAAGGUCUUUAUACAUUAUCUCUUUUCACAAAAGUACCACAUUCACAUGUGAAACAUUAUCACAUUAAGCAAAAUAGCCGAGGAGAUUUUUUUUUAAGUGAAAAACAUUGCUGUUCAACUAUUCCAGAAUUAAUUAAUUACCAUCGUCACAACAGUGGUGGAUUAGCAUCACGCUUAAAAGCCUCUCCUUGUGAUCGUCCUGUUCCUGCUACAGCUGGCCUUAGUCAUGAUAAAUGGGAAAUAGAUCCUGCAGAACUAAUGUUAUUGGAAGAACUAGGAUCAGGUCAGUUUGGUGUGGUACGCCAUGGUAAAUGGAAAGGUUCUAUUGACACGGCAGUCAAAAUGAUGAAAGAAGGCACAAUGUCUGAAGACGAUUUUAUUGAAGAAGCCAAAGUCAUGACAAAACUCCAACACCAGAAUCUAGUCCAACUUUAUGGAGUUUGUAGCAAACAUCGCCCAAUUUAUAUAGUUACCGAGUAUAUGAGACAUGGAUCACUGCUGAAUUAUCUAAGACGACAUGAAAAUAGUUUAGGUGGAAACAAUGGAUUAUUACUUGAUAUGUGUAUUCAGGUUUGCAAAGGGAUGGCUUAUUUAGAACGUCACAAUUACAUACAUCGUGAUCUUGCUGCUAGAAACUGUUUAGUGGGUUCAGAAAAUGUUGUAAAAGUUGCAGAUUUUGGACUAGCUAGGUAUGUCCUAGAUGAUCAAUAUACCAGUUCUGGUGGUACCAAAUUUCCCAUUAAAUGGGCUCCUCCUGAAGUCUUAAACUACACUAGAUUUUCUUCUAAAUCUGAUGUUUGGGCUUAUGGUGUUUUAAUGUGGGAAAUAUUUACUUGUGGUAAAAUGCCAUAUGGACGUCUUAAAAACACUGAAGUUGUUGAUCGUGUACAAAGAGGCAUUAUUUUGGAAAAACCAAAAAUGUGUUUUAAAGAAGUAUAUGAGGUUAUGCGUAAGUGUUGGAGUCAUUGUCCUGAAGAUCGUCCAUCUUUUAGACUGCUAAAAGAUCAACUUGCUGUCACAUCUCAGGGCUUAAUAGCAGAUUGACGUGUUCCACAACAAUCUUGCAAUUGUGCUAUUUGCUUGUUGCUUGACAUUGGUUAUGAACCCCUUAUAGAAUUGUGUCGAUUAGUGAUUGAAACAAAUCGUCGUGGCACUCUUUGAACCUAAAAAUACUAUGUUCAGUUGUCAAAAAUUUUCUGUGAGUUUAUCUACAAAAAAAUGAUCUCGAACUUUGCGAUAAGUUUUUUAAAACAAUUUCAAAUGCUGUUUAAAUUUUAUUAGUAAUUACUAUUUUAUUGACAUCAAUUGAGAUAUACAUUCCUUGUAUGUAUAUGUUUUAUUUAAAAAACUUGAAAAUUUAGUAUUAUUUGGGUAUUUGUUUAU